UCCUACUACACACAGAAGUUUGCCUGGCCAACCAGCAGCCAGCUCCCUGCUGCGAGUGGCGCAGCUACUCUCACUCGCGGCCGCCGUCGCUGAAUACAAACAAGCAUAACAGCGUCACAGCGAAGUGUUGCUCUGAGUACCACCAACUAUCCAGCGACAGCAGCGGCAGGAGCACGUAGCAGCCGCUCCAACUGCAACGGCAGCGGCUGUCACGGCGGAGACAGUAGCAAGGAACGAACAACGAGCAUUGAACGCAAGAAACUGACUAGCUGGCUAGCUCCCGCAGGUCGUUUGUCGCUUCGAGUUUGUUCUUUCGGCGGCGGCAGCGGCGGUGGCAGCUGCUGCGGCUCCUGCCACCAGCCGUCGGCAGAUAGCAGACAGUUAAGACAAGAAGCCAACCAGUGGCCCGCAGUGCCAUCGCUACUGCAUCAAUAGAGGCCGUGGCGGCGUUGACAUCCACUAUUAAACAACGGCGGUGAUCAACACAGACGAAAACAUUGAGGAGCCCACGGCGCAGCACAGCAGAGGGCCGUGACAUGCGCAAAGGCUGCAGCGGAGUAGCCGCCAGUCGUCGAUCUCGAGCACUCGCCGGGAAUCGAACCGUGGUCGUAGUCUCAGUCGAGCGACCGUCUGAUCUACUUCACGGUAGAAUUGCAGGGUUUCGUGGUGCUGCUGCAUUGUCAUUGCGAUUACUGCAAGUGGAACCUACACGUUGCAGGAACGCUAGCAAGUGCGGCUAGCUUCGACGUAGACGACAGCUCAACGGCGAAGCUCGCUGAUUGUCGACGUUGUUGUUCUUGUUCUUGUUGUUGUUGUUGUUGUUGUUAUUGUUGUUGUAGUACUAGUAGUAAUUGUUGUUGUUAUCAUGUUUUGUUCCGUUGUUUUUGUUCCUGUAAGGGAUGCCGGUUUUGGCGGUGGAUUGAUAGAGCCACUGAAUGACUACUGAUCGAUAGAAGCAUAUCAGUGGAAUUGCGACUGCGGUGCGUGUGAGAUUUGAUUUUUCAAUUGAAUUAGUCGCUGUGUUGCGUGCUGCUGCUGCUACUGCUGCGUGCUGCUAUAUCGUCGCCGCAGACGCUGUCGACAGAAGAAAAAUUGUGCUAUGAACAGCAGCUCGAACAAAUGCUGGACAGCCGGCGAUCGCGACGCUGGCAAUGACUCUGCCCCGUUCGAUGGCUGGUCGACCACAUGCCCGAUUUCCUGCUUCUGUUACCCUGUCUAUGACGUACUGCUAGAAAUCAAGUGAAGUACAACAACAUGUUAAAGACAUAUCAUGGCCAUAAUCUGAUAACGCGUACAUAGACUGCUCCUUGUAGAGAAAACUCAGUACAUGACAAACGGUGUAUAUGUAUAUACAUCUUACGUGGAAAAACAAACAACUUCACUGGUGAGCUGACAGCAGAGGCAAAAACAGGAGGGAAAAGUUUGCCACUCGUGUCUGCCUGAUCGACGCACAUAAACACGUAACACACAAAGACAGGCAGGCAGGCAACCACACUCGAAACUGGCCUUCAACAAUAACAGUCCAUGCACAUUAUGCCGUGAAAGAACGUUGCACCGUACGCGGAAAAGAAUAUUAUUGGGAACUUGAAGAAACAAAAAAAGAAAGGGGACAGGUCUGAAAUCGGAGGGCAGGCUGAAAAUUGACAAAUUGACGAGACAUGUUUAGGAGCCCCAAAGAAGCUAAAGGAUUACUGAAGGAAGCCAUUCGCCAUGCCGAACUACGUCAACCAGAAGUGACACAAAUUCUAGCCAACAGCCACUUUUACCCUGUCAACAAGGACUGGAGCACUUAGCUGUAGAUAUUUAGAGGGAGAUCGAGAAGACAGUGAAAUCGGGAACAGACGGCACAAGUGUGCGCUCCGAAGUGCGGAAAAAUCUUCUGCGCAGUUCUGCUAGUAGUGUUCAAGUGAUGAAAAAAGGAUUACGUGACCGCAGGUCUUCCCAGGUUGUCAAUACCGAGAGGAUAUGAUUGUCAUCGUACAAUGCCGAUCAGAGGGGCCGAUUAGGGGGGUGCAUGGUGUGUAGUCAACCUGAUGAUAUUUUCGAUCGGCUGCGUACAUGACUUGACAAACAGAGCGAAGCUGUGCAAUAAAGGAUAAGGAAGAAAAAACUACAACAGCAGAGCAACCGUAAACGAGAACAGUGAAAAAAAAAAGUAAGGGACAACUCAGGAAGUCGACCGAGCCCAUGUGUCAGUCGUCGAAAUCGGUAACGCCACUACUGAAUUUGCGUCAGUUUCCAUACGCGUGCUCAACAAUCGCUUUCUAGCCUUGGGGUUUGCGAUUACGCGCAAUUCGUAGUCCGAUUGGAGAUUACAGUUCCUCUCUAAAAACACCAUCGUCGUGAAUCACAGUCAUUGUACUACUAUCACGAUUAAACCAAGCACCUGUCAAUUAUUGUUUUAACUAACCUGCAAUAAGUGCCAAUAUUUAGGUGUACACUUGAAAGAAGGACUUUUCAAGAGAACUCUUUUCACAACGAACUCUAACCGGAAGACAGUAAACAAUGUCCAGUUCACUUCAGCUUAACUCAGCCUGGCCUAAACAUCCGCUGUUCCGAUUUGUCUAAUUCUCAACAUCAAUAUCCAGAACUAAAAAAUAAUUCAGCUAGUCAAUCCUGCUGUCUUUGCCGUAUCCGCCAUAUCUUCUGAUCAGUUUCUCAGAUCUCGGAUAGCUGUGUCAUUGCUAAAAAUUAGAGCAGCGUUUCACGAGUAUCCUGCAUUGCAACAAAACCCUACAUCGACAGCCUACUGACAAAAGCGCCAAAACAGCUGACCUGCAAAGUAACAACAACACCUGCAACCACUACAACAACAACUUGAGCUUACCCUGAACCCAAUCUGGUCUACGCAACACCAUCAUAACUCCACUUCCCCACGUAACUCUCCUUACCCAGCUCUGAUGACCAUCAUGACCGCUAUUGAUCACUCUGUGCGGGUAUGGCGAUUUUGAUUGCUUUCCGUUCUGCUUGUUCAAAUAGCGGCCUGCUCGAAUUUGUGCUGCGAAUAGCAAAGGUCCUGCGGUAGUAUUUCUCUAUCUGUUUUGCCCCUUUGGAUCAACAGCCCCGUCGGCCCCUUUUCCUUCCGCAUUCUGCUGUGACUGCCGCGGCCGUUGCCAUUUAAUUAAGCCCAAUUAUUCUUAUAUUGCCGUCGAUAUUGCCCUAUGCUCUUUUGGGAUACUCCUAUUGACUUGAAUUCGCUCGUCAACUGCCUCCCCUCACUCGCGAAAUUCGGUCUAUUUUUUGGUUCAGUUUUUCGCUGCGUGUGUGUGCAGCAGCUUCCUUACUCGCUACUGACACUCCGCAUCUGGUCGAGUUGCCCAGCGCACGUUUGUUAGGUUCCAUCUCCUAACCCCGCUGCUGGCCCCUUUCUUUGCUCCUCCCACGUCAACGGCUGCUCGGCCGUCUGUGCGAAGAACACUCACAAUCCAGAGAGUCAGAGAGACAGAAUCAGACAGAUUGCGAUUGACUAGUACAGAGCCGGAACGCUUUUCCUCUACUCGGCUGGGGUCCUAACAGGGACCCGCCGGCCAGCGGAAGCUCACGAGGUUCAUCAAAGUGGAACAGCCCAGUGUUAUAGAAUCGCGAGCGCGGAGUAGGUGACACGCCACGAUCGUGUGAACGUCCGGUACAUUAGAAGGAAGACCUUGGCCGAGGCAGGACUCUACGCAAGACGGCACAAACCACUUGGAAAGGAAGGUGGUAGGAAGAUAGAGGUAAAGAAAGUGUGAUAGAAGUUAGCUAGUGGAAAGCGAAAGCUAUAAGACUGGACGACGCGCUCAUUAUGUGAUAGAGAGACGCAGGAGACGUCUACACAAGAACUAGCGGAUGAAAUAUCGGCAGUAAGUGAAAAGAGCGGCCAGUUCGAGCGGAGCUUCAGCGUUCGUGGUGGGGGUAGCGAUAAUAACGGCGGCGACGACAAGAGCAUUGGCCCCAGAACUUCGAAUCGAGUGAACAAAGCUAUCGAUGAGUGAGGGUAACGUCGAAUGUGCCCACUCUGCCGUCAUCCGCAUUUCGUGGCUCGACUCCUCUCUGUUGCUACUAGCACCACAUGAAACGCGUAGACAGAGCUUGGGCAGGGCUUAAAGCUGAGCGAGCCCUCUCGGCUCUCGGCUUCAUAAUAUAUAGGCUUCUGUGGAAGGACGUGGGAAAAGGUUCGUCCCGAAGCGGCUACCUCUGGUAUAAAUACUUAUUUUAAUGUGAGCAGUAACAUUAUGACGGAUGCUGUUCGUGUAGACAGAAAGAUCCGAUGGUGAGAAACAGCAAUCAAAUAUACAUAAGAAUAAGUUUUAAGUAGAGAUAUUGAAGGGGUUUCGGAAAAGAACAAGAGGUGAUCCUCCACACGAUAAUGAUGAUAACACUGGAAUGUAGGCCUAUGUGAGAUAUUCUGCUAGAUCCGUGUUCGAGGUAAGGGCGAGAAACGAAACAAUGCUUUCGAAUCGUAUGGCAAGCUGAGCGAUCGACAAUAAAUUCCGAGACUAAUGAUGAUCUCAAAGCUUUCCAACAGGACGUAUCACCUGCAGUUUCAAUAUCCUGCUAUUAUCUACUAAAGCUAGCCGCUAUCAUCUAAGGCAACGUGUACAAAAAUCUGCUAGCCAAACUAAAUUACUUUGCUUGGAGAGCAUCGAAUAUACACCGGUGAGAUUUAACAAUUUGCCGGACGGAAGUCAAUACGCUCGUAUGUUGUUGUCGGUGCGUAACUAUCAGAUUGCUCUGAACAAAGUAGCACGUGAACAGGUCCUACUGUGAACUGUAAGUGAAAAUUCGAAGCUAUGAAGUCGAAUCCGUGAAGACCCAAUCUGGCUACGAGAGCAAAGCAAGCAGUAUGUUCGCGUUCGUUUCCAACUGUGUAGAAUCUUCAGCAUAAUCGUCAUUUUCGACAUUAACAUGUAUUGUGUACUUGUGACGGUGAUAGUCACGAGAUCAUAUGGUUGUAGCUAAGCUUUGCUGCCGCUUCCGUAUCCGCACUGGGCAUGACCAACUACGUUAGCAUGUCAAAGAGUUAGCCGAAACGGCUAACAACCAUUAACAAACACAAGCUAAAUCAAAAUCGAAUUAUUUCCCCCGAAGAUACUUCUUACCCGUGGACAUGCAUCGGUUUGAGCAGUUAAAACGAAGAUUGAGUGUUUCAUGUUGUUAUUAUUAUUAUUAUUGAUCAAUAAAGGUUUGCUGGGUCCACGUGUGUAUACGUGCGCCAUUUCAAGUGAACUGCCAGCACUGGAUUAAGAGUCUAUAUUUUCGAGAAGGAAAAGGUCAGAAAACGCACAACGUCCACAAAGUUCAGCUUCUACCGAGGUGCGUCAGGUUCGCUAGGCUUCAUUAAGAAUGCGCGCCAAUCGAGUGUGUGCUAUGUGAUUACGACACGUUUUCGUGAUUUAAAGGUUCAAAAUAGUGAUCAUUACAGGAGGGAAGCAGAACGAGGAGCAGAUAAGUGAAGUAGUUUUUGGCUGCUGUUGUCAUAUCAAUUGUGCUUGUGUUAUUACAGAAUUCAGAUGGAAUGACGGUGCCAGGAGCGGCGAAGCUGAUGAAAACGUUUUACUAAGCUUAGUUUUGUUAGUGAGGAUCAACCGAAGGAACACUUGGGUUAAGAACGGUAGAUUUUUCGAGAUUUUUCCUGGAGUUGCAGGUUUACGACGGAUACGCAGGGCUGAAGACUAUGCUUUAAUUGUAAAUGUUUUAUCUGCGGUUGCGGAAACAGCCUACGUCGAAUGUCUGCUGAACAUCGGCUGCUACGCGGAAACGUAAUUGCCGGUAUCAGCUCACUUUAUCAUUUCUAACAUCCCAACAAUACUUCGGUGGGAUACCGGAAAUUCGAGGCUUGACAAUAGGCUAUCCUAACGUGCCCUAGCGAGUAGUUUUACAGCGUCCAGCCUCAUCGCUUUACUCGAUAAGAAUAGGAAAUUGAUUUAUGGCAAUAAUACAUUUUCAAACGAUAAGAAGGCCCUCAACAUGGUGACUAGGCAUACAACUAUUAAUCGAACAAUUCGUGUGAUAAAUUUCGUUUGUAGGCGUUUAUCGGUAUAGCAGUUCAAUAACAAACAGGCUAAAUUCAAACCGAAGUAGAACAGUUGCUCAUCGGGGUGUAGUGGAAUCGACAACCGACACCUACAACGACAAAAGCGCAAAAGACUGCAAAGCGUCAACGAUGUCGAGCAGCGCCAAGUUGCCUCCGUCGAAUACUUCGGCGAACACCAUGUGAACCCAGUAACAGACCCACAAACCACCUCAACCUUAGCAGUAGCGCCUGUUGCUGCAGUUCUUCAACAAGGACGUGGAGGUCGGCAAUAACAAUAACAAAAAAUCCCUUCGGCUUGCAAUAGCGACUGCAGCGUAGCCGAGUCAAAUACCAGGAUUGUACAUACGGACACACAGCGGAGAAUAGGGAUUUCAGGUUUCGAUGGACCGUUCUUCGGCGUCUUGUUUGUUCGAGCAUCGGUUGACGUCUUUACAGCAGUAAAAGUCGUCUCCCGUUCCGGACUGUUCGCGCUCCGGUCAAGCAAUUCUCACAAAGACGUUCGGGCCAAUUAAUUGGCCAGUCGGGUGUAUUUCGGCGAGAAUAGGCAAACUAAACAGUAGGUCGAACGCCACAACUGUAAAAACGCGACAGUGGACAGCGCCCAAUAACACAACUUUUGGCUAAUAGUUAAUUUUAGUUACAUCUUUAUUGGCUGCCAUUACGGCUGUCUCGUACUUCGACUUCAAAGCAGAAUAGAGAAACAGCAGUGUAUUUGACGACAGGUGGUGGCGCGUGAAAAUAUUACAUCCUCACACACCCCUUUUCACCCUCGUACGCACACGAGGGUAGUCUCUUCAUAAAACAAAGAAUCGGUCGAUAGUGACUAGAUCCAAAGAAAGAACCCAUAAUAGAGUUCGAACAUUUCGGCACAGAACUGGAAAACAGCCUUCAGUUCUCCCUACGACCGGAAAGUAGCUGUCCUAGAGGAAAGCCAACAGUUGAAUGGGCGGAGACGACCACUAAUGGAGCAACAAUAAGAACCUAGGAAGACCGCGUACACCUAAAAUGUGUGAUGCCUGAAUGACCACUCAAAGUGCCAGUAUGGGGGAACAGCCUAUGUUUUCGACGAAGGCGCAUGUGUUCCACAUUGAUCCGAAGACGAAACGCUCGUGGAUUCCAGCCUCUAGCCAUGCCGUGGCUGUUUCGUUCUUCUUUGACGCCUCUCGCAACCUUUACCGAAUUAUUUCAGUUGAGGGCACCAAGGCGGUAAUUAACUCGACGAUCACACCUUCAAUGACAUUCACCAAAACCUCACAAAAGUUUGGCCAGUGGUCGGACAUUCGAGCCAACACGGUCUACGGGCUUGGUUUCCAGACAGAACCAGAUCUCAAUCAGUUUAUCGAAAAAUUCCAGGAAGUGAAGGAAAAAACUCGAGUGGGUCACCCUCAAGUUCAGAAAGGUGCAGCAAAUGGCGGUGCGUCGGGCAACGAGGGAUCGCCGAGCUCAACACUUGUUCGCGCCGCUCAAACCAACGUUCAAGGCCAUCCAGGACAUCCUAGUGUGGCACUCGCGGCAACCCUUGAUACUGGUGGCCUCGCCGAGGACAGCCCAAAGCAUAAGGCUGGCCAGGGGGGCCAAGGGGCACAACCAGCUAAUCAGCUACCACAGUCUACGGUUGAAGCGCAACUUCGAUACGAAAACGAUAGGCUCAAACUUGCUCUGGCACAAAGUUCGGCGAAUGCCAAAAAGUGGGAGGUGGAGCUGCAGACGCUAAAAAAUAAUAACGCUCGAUUAACAGGCGCUCUUCAGGAGAGCACCGCAAACGUUGAGGAAUGGAAACGUCAGUUGCACGCCCUUAAAGAUGAGAAUACGAAGAUGCGGUGUAGAGAGUUGGAAAUUGAGGCGUCUCACGGAAAUCAAGAAGCGCUCACGGAGCUCGGCAGGGAAUUGGCUGUACUUCGGCAACGUAACGAAGGUCUUGAUGCCGAACUUCGUCAAAAGGAAAAAGCAAUCGAAACUCUUCGGGCGGCUGUACAAACGGGAUCCGGCCAACACCAAAACGAGCGACACAAAGCAUUGUUGGCCGAAAACGACAGUUUACGAAUAUCCGUCUCCCGGAUGCAGGAACAGCUCGACGCUCAGUUACGGUCGUCUGGCGCGGCGACACCUGGCGUCUCAGCCCGCCAGCCUGCCCUCGAACAGUUGAGCGCUCGACUCGAGAGUAAAGUCUCGGAACUGCGUGAUUUGCAGACCGAGCUUGCAGCAUUGGUUUUCGCUCCACCACCACCCCCGCAAACGACCAGUACGGGUUCGACGGCUGGGCCAUCCUGAGGCCCGGCUUUACCAGGGUCGCCCUGGUCAACCGGUUUUAGGGCGUCCCCCGAUCUGCCUGUACCAUUGCCUUCGAUGCUGGCUCAGGUACAAGCAGGGCUAACUGGGACGCUCUUUGGUCAAGGGCAGCAUCCCCCACAACAUUAUUCCAGUCAUGAGGUGCUCCUUAAAUAGACACGACGAAUAAUUAUAAAUUAACUCUGAUGGUGAGAAUGCGAUGGAAUGGCAAAAAGUGCACGGAGAAAAGAUCAUCCUCAUCACCGAUAAUAACAUACCAAUAGUGAAGGUAACAAAUGCUAACUAACGUUUGCUGCAAAUGAUCUGGAAUUGCAACCAAUACCGAAACGUGCGUAACUCCUUACAACAUGAAUCCAAUAUGUACAAUAUAUGCUGAAACAAGGAUGGUAUCGUUAACAUUUAAGGAUGACCUGUCCACAUAAUGUGUUGCUGCGAGCUCUAUCGUUCAUUGUACUUGCUCAACCACUGAAGUCAAAAGGAGAGGGUCAAAAAAUUAAAGCGUAAACAAAUAAGAAAGUAUUGAUGGAUUAGUUAGACCGAAUGACUGACGAAGCAAGGAUACGGAUAUAUUUACAGGGACAAGCACAUCUUGCCCGCGCUUCAAUGAAGCAGACGAAAUUAUAGAGCAUAACAACCCCGAUGUGUCGUUGUCGCCUGCUAGAGCUCUCAUUCCUCUUGAAUUGGUUGAAACUGCAUACAAUUUUCAGCAUUUCGUAUAAAAACGCAAACAGAAGGAGGUUUAUUUCGCUGUUAAUAAUAGUGUAAUAACUUGCACAUGCAGUGCCUGAGUGUGAGCGUGAACAUGGACGUCACGCCGUCUAAUACAUGAAAUAAAUAUAGAUAUGAAUAUAUUUAUAUAUUAUGUAUAAGUAAACCAGCGAUGAAUGUCAACCAUAAGCGGUAUGCGCACCAAUGUGACCAAAAUAAAGUAUAUAUAUAUAUAUACAUUCGACGUGACGCAAAAGAGUGACGUGCUAUAGGUUUCUAAUAGAGGUAGAUAUGUAAAGACGAAAGAUUGUUGCGAAACUCAAGCACAAAAGCGGGUACUGUAGUUACGGUAUCUUUAUACGAAGCGAUGAAAAAUAUAACAAAUUGGUUAAUUACAGAUUAAUAGGUAACAUUUAUUACUCGAGAAAAUGCUUGAGAUCUUCCGAAGCUUUUCUUGAUUUCUGCACAAAAAAACAAGACAAAAUGGCGACUUCUGCUAACCCACUUUUGCGUUACUCCCUUCUUACACGAUGGGUUACUAUAGGCGAACGAGGUCCACAAAACGAUCAUUAGAAAUAACAUAACAAAUGAGUAAGAGGAACAACAGAGAAUCGAUGAACGUCGAUGCACUCAAAAUACGCCGACAAACCGAUCGGCCCUAACUCCCAGCGAAGUAUCGGCCGUCGAAGUCAACCAUAAAGACGAAUGAUGACCUUAGGAAGCUUAUGGAAAAAAAAAGGAAAACGUAAUAUGUAUUCACAAGAUCAAGCUAAACACCGAACGCCAUCGAGUCACUUGCGGUCUCAACUUGUCUUUUUUAUAUCGUUUCCCGUCUUUAUUAUUGCUACCUCCUGCGGUUUGCGGUUCGUCAUCUGUGUACAAUGGCUCAUCCGUUUAAAGCUUAGCAAUAGACGCCUAGGGCUUCAAUUGACAAAGUCCUCCUUUGAUCCAUAUACACCGCCUCUCUCUCCCUCCGUUUCGAUAAAAGGGAUAUCUCACAACGAUGAACGGACGAGUUUAGGGCGUAUACUGAUUCCAGUAAAGUUGAAUCGAAGCGUGGUUAACGUCUUUAGUAGCGUGGCCUACAACCCUUUGUAAACCAUUCCAUAUCGAUGUAAUAGUGGGAAGCUGCGGUCAAUAUAGUAGCUAAAGAUGUGACUUAGCGGGAAAUCAAGCUAACUGAAAAAAGAGGAGGUUAGAUUUAGUGACGAGAAGUCGAGCUGAGAGCGGCAUUAGUUUUCCGUGUAGUCUAUAGGAUGAAGAUUCCUCGUUUCAUCUAAGCUCAAGAUUAAAUAUCUGUUAAAAAACAAAACUGCUGUAUGGCGAAUAAUCCACCCCCUCGAAUACCCGACCGCCCACCACCUGUUAGAUUUUUUCGCAAUGUUUCGCGUUACAAGCAUAGAAGGAGGGCAAAGUUUUUGUGAUUAUCUACUACGACUAAUAACUGGUUAUGGAUCAACAAAAAGGUUUUAGCGUUGUGGAAACUAGGGUUACUCUAAGGACACUAAGCCAUAUGUCUGCACGCACUAUACCACUUGUUAAAAUGCUUAUAUAUCAUCAAGCUAAAAUGAACCUAUAACCAAAAGCAAUGCGUAAAGUCCAGUUGCACAACUUAUCGAAGACGAUAUAUGGCAGGCGACUUUAUAUAAAGUAUUUGGUGCAUUUGCGCAAUAUCGGUUUGUUGCGGUAAUUCGUAAAAACAGAUUGACCGAUUUAGUUAGCUACUCCGAGUUAGCCCUCUUUAUUUCAGGCUCAAAUAACGUUUCAGCUAAGAGAAAAAUAUAACGUGGGACUUACAAAGAGAAAUGCCUGGUAGCAACCGUUAGUAUUAGUAUUACAGCGAACUGAGCAGAACGUUCACACUUAGAUCCAUGUAGAAAUCUUGUCAUUCCUAUAAAUGUAUAUAUCCGUGUACGGGGUAGGUGAACGAGAAGGGAAGCCGUGAUAGGGAUAGCUUGCUGUCGUUCUAUUUGCAUCUACUUGUUUAAACCCCCUGCCCAGGCUGGAUAUUGGGCUGGUAAUGAUUUUUUUGUGUAGUUGAGAAGCGCAGGCAGCUAGUUGCAAAAGUCAUUCUAUUACCAUGUAGUGACAACGUAAAUAGCGGGUAUCUAAGAGCAACCGUCCUUACGCCAGUGCCUAUUAAACGUUUUUCUUUUGAGAACAAUUUCGCCUAAUCUAGACUUUACUACGUACAAGCGAAACAGCACAGAGACAACACGAUUUUGAAAGCGUUGAAAGAAACGAGCUAAGAACUUAACCGUGUUAAACAGUUUUUCCUCUCGCAUUGCUUGCCUUGAGGAUCGAUUCAGUUCGAAAUAUCGUACGAUCCUUAGCUUGCCACAGGCAUCAAUUGCGGAGAGAGAAUCUUUCUUAGAGAAAUAGUCGUGUCCGCGAAUAUAACCUCCGAAAAGACUCCCGCCGAAAAGUUUCUUCUAGUCUGCAAUAGCCGUGGAAUACCGCUCAGUAUAGCAUCCUACUCAACUCUUCUCAGCCAUCGGAAAUCGUCGUAGUCCAUGAUCCCCUCAUACGACGUAACCCUGGUUAUCCGUUCAAAUGAAACAGUUAGCGCGCUUGCAUAAACUCGGAGCCAGCCAAUUAACUAACUUAAGCUGAAGGGAGAGCCCUAUUUAAGCUGACUGUGACAGUAACUUAGUACGUUCUGCUAAUUUCAAAGGUUGAUCUGGGUGCAAGUAUAAUAAUUGUAAGCUGGUCGCAAUGCGUAAAAACAUAGUGCAAGGUUCGACUUGAGCCGAACAGACCGGUGGGACCCACGCGAUUGCGUAUGAUGUGUCGCGCGUACACGUAGGAAUCGGCGAAGGCCACGACGAAAUGAAGAGUAAUGAACAAAAGGAAUCAAAUUAAUGAUUAUUAGAUAUAU